GAUGCUCGUUCGGAGGUCGCUAUUAUUCUCUGGAGGACACAUGGCACCCAGACCUGGGCGAGCCCUUCGGAGUCAUGCACUGUGUUCAGUGUUACUGCGAAACUCAAAAGAGCCGUCGUGGGAAGGUGUUUGGGAAAGUGAACUGUAAGAACAUCAAACAGGACUGUCCCGAGCUGGACUGCUCUGACCCGGUGCUGCGGCCCGGACACUGCUGCAAGACCUGCCCCAUAGGAGACUUUGACAGGACGCAGACGGACUUGGUGCUCGACAGCUUCGAGUAUUUCGACCAGAAGGGCCGAGAUAAAGAGGACGACCUCCACAAGUCUUACAACGACAGAUCCUACCUGAGCUCCGAGGAGCUGGGCCCCGGGGAGAGCCGCACUGACUUUGUGGCCGUGCUCACAGGAUCCUCUGGCUCGUGGCUGCCCAGCUCUAACGGAGUGGCUCGAGCUCGUUUCUCUCUGACCAGAACCAGCCUGGCCUUCUCCAUCACAUACCAGAGAAUGAGUCGGCCCAGUAAAAUCGCCUUCCUGGAUUCAGACGGGACGACGGCGUUCGAGUACAAAGUCCCUAAAGGACAGUUAGACAUGAUCUGUGGAGUGUGGAAGAACCUGGGGAAGCCUCUGAUCCGUCAGCUGCAGACGGAGCAGAUGAGGAUCGUUAUGAGCUCAGCGAGCGGCGGACAGGACGAGGUGGAGGGGAAGAUCAUCAAACACAGAGCGUUGUUCGCUGAGACGUUCAGUUCCACACUGACGUCGGAGGAGGAACAUUCGGGGAUGGGAGGAUUGGCCAUGUUGACGCUGAGCGACAGUGAGAACAACCUGCACUUCAUCCUCAUCCUGCAGGGACUCAUCAAGCACAAAGACACAGAGCCCGUGUUGGUGCCGAUCCGAGUCCAGCUGGUGUAUCGGCAGCACGUCCUGAGAGAGAUCCGAGCCAACAUCACCUCUCACGAUCCGGACUUCGCCGAGGUUCUGACGGAGCUGAACAGCCGGGAACUCUUCUGGUUGUCUCGAGGUCAGCUGGAGAUCACCGUCUCCACCGAGGGUCUGGACCUCCGACAAAUCUCUGGCUUCAUCACCGGCAGGAAGUCAUGUGACACUAUUCAGAGCGUGAUGUCCAGCGGUGACGCUCUGACGCCGGGGAAGACGGGCGGCGUGGGGUCGGCCAUCUUUAACCUCCAUGAUAACGGCACGCUGGACUACCAGGUUCAGGUUGCAGGACUCUCCUCUGAGUUCCUGGGUCUCACCAUCGAGCUGAAACCCCGACGGAGGAACAAACGCUCCGUUCUGUACGACCUGACUCCAGAAUACGACCUGACGUCGGGCCGGGCGCAGGGCAGCUGGAUCCGACUGGAGGCCAGGCACAUCCACAUGCUGCUGCAGAACGAGCUGUUCAUCAACGUGGCCACCAAGCACAGCCAGGAGGGGGAGGUCAGGGGUCAGAUCAGAGCUCUGCUGUACAGCGGACUGGAGGCGCCUAGACACGAGCUCCCCACCCCCCUGGCGGGUCACUUUGUCUCCCCCCCGGUGAGGACGGGUGCUUCGGGCCACGCCUGGGUGUCAGUGGACCGUCAGUGCCACCUUCACUAUGAGAUCGUGGUGACGGGGCUCAGCCGGACGGACGACCUGACGCUGAACGCUCACCUGCACGGCCUCGCUGAGAUCGGAGAGCUGGACGAGAGCAGCGCCACGCACAAGAGGCUGCUCACCGGAUUCUACGGCUCACAG